GCGUUAGUUAAAGAGAGAAAGAGAGAGAGAGAGAGAGACGCGGCGGAGGAUCAGAGACCCUCACAGUCAUGCUCGUGUGCAUCUGAUAUUGUAGAGAAUUAUUAUGGGAAUUCAUUAAGGCUCGUUCCCGAUCCACGUGCGCGCUUCUCAGAUAACACGGUUUCUUCGGUUGGGAAUAAACUUUCACAUCCCGCUCAUUGUAAAUCAGUCUGGACAGAGCGGAUCUGGUGGAUCACAGGUUUGAGUGUCAGAAAUGAGGGAGAGGUUCGCGGUUCAUCUUCUCGUCUUCGCGUUGACGCUGUUUUGGCACACCAGGUCAGUGUCCGCAGAUGCCACAACAGAUGCCUUCAAAAACAACAUCACCCUCUUCACACGCAUCCUAGACCGCCUGCUGGACGGAUACGACAACCGACUGAGACCCGGACUGGGAGACCGAGUUACCACAGUGAAGACCGACAUCUACGUCACCAGUUUUGGCCCUGUUUCGGACACUGAUAUGGAAUACACCAUCGACGUGUUCUUCAGGCAGAGCUGGAAGGAUGAACGGCUGAGGUUUGAGGGACCGAUGAACAUUCUGCGCUUGAACAACCUGAUGGCCAGUAAGAUCUGGACGCCAGACACUUUUUUUCACAACGGGAAGAAAUCUGUCGCGCACAACAUGACCAUGCCCAACAAACUGCUGCGGAUCCAAGAUGACGGCACCCUGCUGUACACCAUGAGGUUGACAGUGCAUGCUGAGUGCCCGAUGCAUCUAGAAGAUUUCCCCAUGGACUUCCACUCCUGUCCGCUCAAAUUCGGCAGCUAUGCUUACACGACGACAGAAGUGACGUACACCUGGACGAAGAACGCAUCCAACUCUGUGGUGGUAGAAGAGGAGAGCUCUAGACUCAAUCAGUACGAUCUUCUGGGACAAACUGUGGGGAAUGAAACCAUCAGAUCCAGCACUGGUGAAUACACUGUGAUGACGGCCCACUUCCACCUCAAGAGGAAGAUUGGCUAUUUUGUGAUUCAGACGUACCUGCCGUGCAUCAUGACCGUCAUCCUGUCCCAGGUUUCCUUCUGGCUGAACCGAGAGUCUGUUCCCGCCCGCACUGUUUUUGGCGUGACCACUGUACUGACCAUGACCACUCUGAGCAUCAGCGCCCGUAACUCUCUACCCAAAGUAGCCUACGCCACCGCCAUGGACUGGUUCAUCGCUGUGUGUUAUGCCUUCGUCUUCUCGGCCCUGAUCGAGUUCGCCACAGUCAACUACUUCACCAAGCGUGGCUGGGCUUGGGAUGGCAAAAGCGUGGUCAACGACAAGAAAAAGGAGAAAGCUUCAGUCAUCAAGAAAAACAAUGCCUACGCCGUGGCAGUGGCGAAUUACGCGCCGAACAUCACGAAGGACACCGUUCUCCCCACCAUCGCCAAGGGGAGCAUGGCCGAACAAGGGAAGACCAAAGUGGACGGCAAACCGGCUGAGGCCAAGAAAACCUUCAACAGCGUGAGUAAAAUCGACCGCAUGUCCCGCAUCAUGUUCCCGGUGCUCUUCGGCUCAUUCAACCUGGUUUACUGGGCCACGUAUUUGAACAGAGAACCCGUGAUCAAAGACAUGGUGCCGUCCCAUUAAACGGUUCGCCACGGGUUCCACUAAGCAGGACUAAAGACUAGGAAAAAAAAACACCCAGGGACUCUGAAUAUAAUCACGCUCCGACGCUCUUUCCCAUCUGCUCCAGACAGACGUGUCAUGGAUUGUUGCAAGAUGCCUUUCUAUCUCUCUCUAUCUCUCGUCACUCUUUUCUACCGCUUUUUCAGCAGUGCUUUUGAAAUGACAUUUGCCUUUGUACAUAUGUACGUAGUGAAACUGGCGUGUUUGGUUUUGACGUGUUUCGAAUCUGACUUUGGACCUCUCUCUGUGAUAUAGAUUUAUCCGGUUAUAGUCAUUUAUAGGUAACAGUUUACAAUCAGUGCAUUUACUAACACGAACAAACAACGAACAAUACAUUUAUUACAGUAUUUGUUCACGUUAGU